GACGAAGUGCAUGGUAGAAUUAAUGUUCGAAGGGAAUGCCUUCGUGUAUUAUUUAACUGUUUGUUAUAAUAUUUGAAAAAUACAACAUUGUUUAAUAAUAACAUAUAAUUUUUGUAAAGUGUGCGUAAUUCUUUAUUAAAAGUUAUAAAGCUUUAUUAGAACUAAAAGUAACGAAUCAUCGUAAGAUAUUUUCUACUCACAUUCUGAACAUAAACCAUAACCUCAAAAAUGAGUGUGUGUUAAAUAUAAUUGAAAUAAGUAUUCUAUUUCGUAAUCUUUUAAAUAGGAAUAUUUAAUUUAUGAUGGAAAAGACCAAGGAUUUUUUUCUUUCUGUAACAACGCGUGUUUUUAGUAACUGGACAGCAUUGAGACUGGCUGUCGAACAUGGUAUGGGAUCCAGAGAUAAAGCCGAUCUAUUUUGUCACUAUAUUACCGACUUUAUAUAUAUCAACGAAGGAUUGUGCAGCAGUGAAAUUGCGUGCGAACUAGAAGACUUCAUGGAUGAACAAUUUAAUACAGAACUUCAAGAUUUAAGUUGUAAACAAGUAGCAGAAGAGUUAUAUAAAUUUUAUCGUUAUUGUGUUGAGGGUAAUGAAGCACAGGCUGUGAUUGAGUUUGAAAAAUUGCCGCCAUUACAACCAUGGAUUGUAUCAUGUUUACCAAAGAAAAUUAAUAAGGAAUCUAUUGCAUUUGAAAAUAAUAGUGGUUCUGAAAGUGAUGAAAUAGAAGAAAGUAUGGAAACUGAAGAUACAGAAUGGACACAAGUAAAGCCAAGGCGGAAAAAAUAAUUUCCAAUGAUUCAAGACACUUGCAUGAUGCAAAUCUUUAUUACAAAAGAAAAGAAAAAGAUUUAUUGUAGUAUACUUUUAUUAUUUUUCUUGCAUCAAAGUUUCUUAUAGUCAAUUUCUUAUUUAUUCAGUCUUUGCAAUAAUUGGAUCACUUAAUUUUCACGCCCGCCUCCUGCAUCUGUAAAGAAAAUUAAGUACAAUUUAAUGUAAUGGUAUCGAAUAUAGAAACUUAAUAUUUUA